CCAGUCCUUCCACACACAUACGCACGCACAGGAAGUUUUGUCUUGGAGAUGGCAUUGCUGGGAGCAAUGUUCUCGUGAUCUUCAAACCCCGGGUUCUUUUGUAUACAUAUGUUUAGUGUGUCUUUUAAUUGGGGAGAGUACAGGGGGCAAACCGAAAGUCUUGGGGUGGGGGAAGUGAGUGGUGGCAGCAAACGAGUGAGGAGUCGCCGGAGUUGAGGGAUCCACGUUGAAGACUAUUGACCAGAAGAAAAGAUGUUUGGUUUUCACAAGCCAAAGAUGUACCGAAGUAUAGAGGGCUGCUGUAUUUGCAGAGCGAAGUCCUCCAGUUCUCGCUUCACUGACAGUAAACGCUAUGAAAAGGACUUCCAGAGCUGUUUCGGGUUGCAUGAGACUCGUUCAGGAGACAUCUGUAAUGCCUGUGUCCUGCUUGUGAAAAGAUGGAAGAAACUGCCAGCAGGAUCAAAAAAAAACUGGAAUCAUGUGGUAGAUGCAAGGGCAGGACCCAGUCUGAAGACUACAUUGAAACCAAAGAAAGUGAAAACUCUAUCUGGAAACAGGAUAAAAAGCAACCAGAUCAGUAAACUACAGAAGGAAUUUAAGCGUCACAAUUCUGAUGCUCACAGUACCACCUCAAGUGCCUCCCCAGCUCAAUCUCCUUGUUAUAGUAACCAGUCAGAUGAUGGCUCAGAUACAGAGAUGGCCUCUGGCUCUAACAGAACGCCAGUUUUUUCCUUUUUAGAUCUCACAUACUGGAAAAGACAGAAAAUCUGUUGUGGGAUUAUCUAUAAAGGCCGUUUUGGGGAGGUCCUCAUUGACACGCAUCUCUUCAAGCCCUGCUGCAGCAAUAAAAAAACAGCUGCUGAGAAGCCGGAGGAGCCGGGGCCAGAGCCUCUGCCCAUCUCCACUCAGGAGUGGUGACUGAGGUUUAGGUAGAAGGGGAACAAAAAUGAUUUAAAUUUUGCAAAGAAAACAAAGCAACAAAACCCUCCUAUUUUUAACUCGGAUACCCGCUAUUCCGCCAAAAGACAAUUUCUAGAAUAGUUUUGAAUGGGCUGUUAUUUCUCCUCCAGUUCCACAAACUCUGAAGCCAGUGUCUAGCUUACUGAAAGAAAGAAAGAAGUGUACAUAAUAUUUAAGAUGCUGAGUAUUUCAUAGGAAAGCUGAAUGCUGCUGUAAAGUGCUCUUUAAGUCUUUUUUUUUUUUUUUUAAUCCCCUUCUAAUGAAUGAAACUAGGGGAAU